AUGACUGAGCCUGUGCCGAGCCUCCCUCAGGCACAGUGCCCAGCCCACGGGGAGCCUCCCUCAGGCACAGCGCCCAGCCCCUGGGGAGCCUCCCUCAGGCACAGCGCCCAGCCCCUGGGGAGCCUCCCUCAGGCACAGCGCCCAGCCCCUGGGGAGCCUCCCUCAGGCACAGCGCCCAGCCCCUGGGGAGCCUCCCUCAGGCACAGCGCCCAGCCCCUGGGGAGCCUCCCUCAGGCACAGCGCCCAGCCCCUGGGGAGCCUCCCUCAGGCACAGCGCCCAGCCCCUGGGGAGCCUCCCUCAGGCACAGCGCCCAGCCCCUGGGGAGCCUCCCUCGGGCACAGUGCCCAGCCCACGGGGAGCUUCCCUCGGGCACAGCACCCAGCCCGUGGGGAGCUUCCCUCGGGCACAGCGCCCAACCCCUGGGGAGCUUCCCUCGGGCACAGCGCCCAGCCCACGGGGAGCCUCCCUCGGGCACAGCGCCCAGCCCACGGGGAGCUUCCCUCGGGCACAGCGCCCAGCCCCUGGGGAGCUUCCCUCGGGCACAGCGCCCAGCCCCUGGGGAGCCUCCCUCGGGCACAGCGCCCAGCCCCUGGGGAGCCUCCCUCGGGCACAGCACCCAGCCCACGGGGAGCCUCCCUCGGGCACAGCGCCCAGCCCACGGGGAGCCUCCCUCGGGCACAGCGCCCAGCCCGUGGGGAGCUUCCCUCGGGCACAGCGCCCAGCCCCUGGGGAGCUUCCCUCGGGCACAGCGCCCAGCCCCUGAGGAGCCUCCCUCGGGCACAGCGCCCAGCCCCUGGGGAGCCUCCCUCGGGCACAGCGCCCAGCCCCUGGGGAGCCUCCCUCGGGCACAGCACCCAGCCCACGGGGAGCCUCCCUCGGGCACAGCGCCCAGCCCCUGGGGAGCCUCCCUCGGGCACAGCGCCCAGCCCACGGGGAGCUUCCCUCGGGCACAGCGCCCAGCCCCUGGGGAGCCUCCCUCGGGCACAGCGCCCAGCCCCUGGGGAGCCUCCCUCGGGCACAGCGCCCAGCCCCUGGGGAGCCUCCCUCGGGCACAGCGCCCAGCCCGCGGGGAGCCUCCCUCGGGCACAGCAUCCAGCCCGCGGGGAGCCUCCCUCGGGCACAGCGCCCAGCCCACGGGGAGCCUCCCUCGGGCACAGCGCCCAGCCCACGGGGAGCCUCCCUCGGGCACAGUGCCCAGCCCACGGGGAGCCUCCCUCGGGCACAGUGCCCAGCCCACGGGGAGCCUCCCUCAGGCACAGCGCCCAGCCCACGGGGAGCCUCCCUCGGGCACAGCGCCCAGCCCGUGGGGAGCUUCCCUCGGGCACAGCACCCAACCCCUGGGGAGCCUCCCUCGGGCACAGCGCCCAGCCCCUGGGGAGCUUCCCUCGGGCACAGCGCCCAGCCCACGGGGAGCUUCCCUCGGGCACAGCGCCCAGCCCACGGGGAGCCUCCCUCAGGCGCAGCACCCAGCCCAUGAGGAGCCUCCCUCGGGCACAGCACCCAGCCCCUGGGGAGCCUCCCUCGGGCACAGUGCCAAGCUGGUGAAUGUCACAUUCCACUUCCUCAGGUUUACAUUUCACAAUGCCGAAGCGGGGGGAAGUAAAGGGCGCAUACUCAAAGGUUGCAGGUUAAGUGCUCUCGAACCAGUUACCUAG